AUGCAUCAUCGCGAUCUUGGCAGUUCUCGACAGGUACCGAAGGUACAGGAAGGUACGCUUUGUACAGGAGGCAUUCCUUGCAUUCCUUGCAUUUCUGGCAUUAGAACAUUGCAUGCAUCUAUUGUUACGGAAAUGCCUCCAUUAGCGAGUUUGCAUAACGAUGUUAGGACAGGCAAACGUGCUCAUUAAUCAGUUGAAACGCAAUUGAUUACAAUAAUUACUCAUUAA